AUGUCGAGCGAAAACAAUUUCCCUUGGAGACCUGACGAAGGCCAUACGCUCUGGUGGGAAGAACAAGAUGAAAUUUACUCUGCUGACACUAUUGCAGCUACGAUCUCACAAGCAUCGACAGCAGUGGCCUGUAGGGUUUACACUAACCUAGAAUUAUUAUGUGCUCAUCUAUGUCAUCUACCACCAUAUUCACAGAGAAAACAAAGAGCGUGGCUUGAUCAUAUGGAUAUAAAUAUUCUUUCGGAGACACGCGUCGAUGACCUUUCUACAUUAUUGACUGCUACCGCUAUUAAUCAACUUUUAUUAUUAGAAUCUACCACAGCCAAAAUCAGUCGCCAAGAAGCUGAGUUCAUGUAUGCCUUACUUUCACGAGACAUUUUGAUUGACAUUAAAUCAACAGAAGAAGAGAUUAUUAAAUAUUUCCGUCAAAAGUGUGGCGACAAUGAGGCAGAUAUGAAUGUUGUCGACGAAUUCGAAGAGUAUUAUGAUCCAAUCAAUGCUAUUUUCUGGUAUACGCGUGAUACAUUUCUCUAUCGUCUACUGAACAAGGCAUUGAGAGAACAGGACAUAGAUACACUAUAUUUGCUACGGUAUUUUAUCAAAGAUCUUCAUUUACAGAUCAGAGAACGAUACAGCGCACAACAACAACAACAGUUAGCAGUGGCAGCAGCAUGCUUUAUGAACGAUAAUACGACUACGAUUAACACGAAUAAUGAACGAAUCGCAACAGUUUAUCGAGGGCAACUAAUGAGUAACGUAGAAUUUGACAGAAAAAUUCGACAUAACAUUAAUGGAUACUUCUCCGUGAGCAGUUUUUUGUCGACAACUGUACACGAAAACUUGGCUCGUGAAAUAUAUGCUGGUAAUCGUAGCAACAGCAGUAGUGAUACAACUGCUGUAGAACAAAGUAUUUUGUUUCGAAUUGAUAUUGAUCUACACAUCAACAAAUUUCCCUAUGCAAAUAUUUCUGCAGAAAGUGCAUUUGAUGAUGUAGAAGGAGAAAUUCUAUUUACAAUGGGAUCCGUGUUUAGAAUAGUAUCAGUACAUCUCAACGAAGACGGUGAUUACUGGAAUGUCAUACUAAAACUAACGGACGAAGAAGAUAAAGAACUUCGAAUACUACGUGUGUUAUGA